AAUUUCCUGCUGAGUCUUUACAGACACUUGCUUAGAUACAUUCUCUUGAGACAGGAAGACAAGGCCUUCACCACAGACAAGCUAUGCAGCCUCUACAUAAAAAAUGACAAGCUUUUCUGUCUCAAGGUGCUAUACAUCAAUUACACAACCUACAAUGUCAGGAGAGCCUAA